AUGACGACUCUAAAAGACUAUGUUGAACAGAAAGUGCAAGAGCUUCUUGCGAAUGUUGAACAGAGAUGCCAAGCUGGUGGUCCUGUAGAUAUAGGCCGAGAAGCUUUUAGAACUAGUCUCAACUUGUUAUCCAACGCCAUAUUUUCUGUGGAUCUUGUUGAUCCAAUUUCUGAGACUGCACAAGAGUUUAAAGAGUUGGUGCGUGGUGUGAUGGAGGAAGCUGGGAAACCCAACUUGGUAGAUUAUUUUCCAGUGCUCAGACAGAUUGAUCCACAAGGUAUAAGGCGUGGUUUGACAAUUUAUUUUGGAAGGAUGAUUGAGAUCUUUGAUAGAAUGAUCAAGCGACGGUUACGGUUAAGAAAAAUGCAAGGUUCAAUAGCUAGCAGUGAUGUGUUAGACAUUCUUCUCAACAUCAGUGAAGAUAACAGCAAUGAGAUUGAAAGAAGUCAUAUGGAACAUUUGUUAUUGGACUUAUUUGUUGCGGGGACUGACACAACUUCGAGCACAUUGGAAUGGGCAAUGGCAGAUCUGCUAUACAACCCUGAAAAACUUUUGAAAGCCCGAAUGGAACUCCUGCAAACCAUCGGCCAAGACAAACAGGUUAAAGAAUCAGACAUCACUCGACUCCCUUACGUGCAAGCGGUGGUGAAAGAAACCUUCCGAUUGCACCCAGCAGUUCCAUUUUUACUCCCACGCAGAGUUGAAGAGGACACAGAUAUACAAGGGUUCACAGUCCCAAAGAACGCACAGGUGCUGGUGAACGCAUGGGCUAUAGGUCGAGACCCGAACACAUGGGAGAACCCCAACUCAUUUGUGCCAGAGAGGUUCUUGGGGUUGGACAUGGACGUGAAGGGCCAGAAUUUUGAGCUGAUUCCGUUUGGUGCUGGCAGGAGAAUCUGUCCUGGGCUGCCAUUGGCAAUCCGGAUGGUUCACUUGAUGCUGGCCUCGCUCAUUCACUCCUAUGAUUGGAAACUUGAAGAUGGGGUGACACCGGAAAACAUGAACAUGGAAGAAAGUUUUGGACUUUCCUUACAGAAGGCUCAGCCCCUGCAAGCUCUACCUGUACGGGUUUGAAGUUGUUGAUCUUGUGUGCUGAAGUAAUGUCCUGAUUCUUUCAGUGCUCUCCUGGGUUUCAGGCUGUGUUGUCAUUAACUAGACAUGUCAGUCCAGUUCGUGUUAAAUAAACAAGUAAAUCUUUCAAAUUUCCAAUCUAAAUGGCUAUCAAAUAUGCAUGCUUCCAUUCA